UGAGGCUGCCCCCGCUCGUCUAGCUGCCGAGCCCGGAAGUGGAUGCGGCAGCUCGGCGGAGAGGACGAGGGGGAGGGGGAAGUGCUUCCGGGGAAACGGGCCGGGGUUGGUGUUUGUAAACUUGCCUCGGUCCCGGUGGGGGCAGCCGCGGCUGCGGCGUUGGCAGGGUGUGCUGGGGCCUGGGGGAGGCGCCGCGCGGCCGGGGAGCCAGCGGGAGGCCGUGGCCAGGCUGGUUUCUGGAACAGAUCGUGAGCUUCAUCGAGACAAUUCAACUGGAAAACCAAGACUGGUAGACGCUCUUUUUCUUCAGACAAUAGGCAGGAGCCAGGCAGAGUCCAAGGAUUCUUGGAACACCUAUCUUUUCUUUGGAGGACACUAAGUUCUAUUUGAAGACAAAGUUCAAUAUGGCAACAGGACUGAUGGGACACGAAGGAGUCGUUACCGUGGUUUGGUGACAGUUGUUCAAAACGACAGUGUCUUAAGGAAAGGUGGACCAAGGAACUCCUGAACUUUUGGGUUGCAUUAAGUGAAAAAUCAGCAUGGCUCAGGCAAGUCUCCUGGCUUGUGAAGGCCUAGCAGGUGUGAGUUUGGUUCCCACUGCAGCCAGCAAGAAGAUGAUGCUGAGCCAGAUUGCCGGCAAGCAGGCCGAGAAUGGCGAGCGGGCAGGUAGCCCUGAUGUGCUGAGGUGCUCGAGUCAGGGUCACCGAAAAGACAGUGAUAAGUCCCGGAGCCGCAAAGAUGAUGACAGCUUGUCUGAGCCCUCUCAUUCAAAAAAGACUGUUAAAAAGGUGGUGGUAGUGGAACAAAAUGGUUCUUUUCAAGUAAAGAUUCCCAAAAAUUUUGUUUGUGAACACUGCUUUGGAGCCUUUCGGAGCAGUUACCACCUAAAGAGGCACAUCCUUAUUCACACUGGUGAGAAGCCAUUUGAGUGCGAUAUAUGUGAUAUGCGUUUCAUCCAGAAGUACCACCUGGAACGCCACAAGCGUGUGCACAGUGGUGAAAAGCCUUACCAGUGUGAACGGUGUCAUCAGUGUUUUUCUCGGACAGAUCGAUUACUCAGACACAAACGGAUGUGCCAAGGGUGCCAGUCCAAGACUUCCGACGGGCAGUUUUCUCUAUAGGCGCAAGGGGCCCCCGGGUGGUGGGAGUGAUCAGAAGAACCUGCCGAAGAGCACACCCCCUCUGGUCUGAUGGUCCCACCAACGCCCCAUGUGAACCUGUCCCACUCCUGGAGGAGUGGACCCAGGAGACCAGAAGAAUGCAUCAGGGGACAGUGGCCCCAGAACCUCAGCUCUGUAAAUAAUCUGAGACUAUGAGUAUCUCGGGGAAGUUCUUACAGCAUUCCUGGGUAGGAGAUCUAGUCCCUGGACCCUUGGCUGAGGUCAUAGGUGGGGACUCAAGGUACAGGACCAAGACUGAAGUGUGGCUCCCACAACCUUGGACUCCAGCUGGCAGCUGAAAUGGAAAAGAUUGGGGAAGGGGAUUUGUUUGUUCUGUUCUUGUUUUUGUUUAUCCAAAAGCAACUUCAGCAGGUACACUGUGGACACAGGUAAUCCAGAGUUAUAAGCGUCCUGGUCCAGCUCUCCCCAAAAAUUGGGUUUUUAGUUGUAGCAGCUCCUCAGUGUUUCACAGUCCUGCACUUCACCUCCUUUUUGAGGAAGAAUAAGAUCAGGAAUGGCAGCUGAGCUUACUUUGGCUUCCUUAUACACUGUAGGGAUAAAAGGAAAAACGGGGUGGAGCAGACGAGGACUGGAUCCAAAAAGUGGAUGGCACCUCUUCCUUCCUCAAGGGAAAAGGAAGAGUUGUGCCUGUGGGUGUUGUCAUGGCCCAUGUCACAUUGGCACCUGAUGGCAUCAGCUCAAGUGCCUUUAGGAGGAAACUUGGGUGAGAGUGGCCCGUGAAGCCCUUUUCUUCUUUUCUUGGGGAGUCGGUCUUGGAGAUGGUUUGUGGCUACCUCGCUGCCAUUGACUCCUAAAGUGAGACAUGUGUUGAGCAAGGAGUCAUGGAUGUCAAAGUGGGUUCUCUCUCCUUGUGCCCUCUUAGGAACAACCCAAGACUGGUCCCAAGUUGGCUAACAGCUGCUCAAGAAACAAAGGAAUCUGGGGUCUUCUGACAUGCCUGUUGAGCAGUAGGAGCUGUUCUCCCUCCCCAAGUCCUAUCACUGUAUUCAGGUAGAGGAGGUUGGGAGGGGUCUGUCGUUUGGUCCCAAAAAAACAAGAUCUCAGCUUCCUUCCUAAUGGCCAUCCCUACCCAACAGAGUGUGGGGGAUGGGGGUGGGGGUGCUGCAGAGAAAAGACUAAAGAAGAAACCUAAUGUAGGUUCCAUUCUUAACCAUAUUCUUUGCUCCUCUCUGCUCCAAUACCACCACCUUGUCCACUCCCAAAAAAGUAAUCAGGGGUGUGUGUGUGGAUGUGUGUGUGUGAGAUAUGAGUGCAUGUAUUUGUAUGCUUGCAAGAGAUGGCAUAGUAAUGAGCCAAACACUUCUCUGGCCCUCACCUUCGGGGAGGAUGAGUGGAAAAUAGCCUCCUCUUGCCCAAACAUGAAGGGUGCUUGAGGUCUCAGCAGGAGCUGAAGAACACAAUUUAGGGGACAGAAGGGCUUUUGUUUUGGAGGGGUUUUUUUUGUUUGUUUUUUUGGUUUUUUUUAGAUUAAAUUCAACAGCCUAGUGGUUAGGGUGUUUCUAACCCAAGCCAGGGCUUGUGAACAUGAAUUUUCUAAGGUGAAAUAAACCUUUUCUUUCUGCUAAA